UAUGCAUAAGUAUACAGUCUACAGUCUUUUAACAGCUGACUGGUCAUAUUUGUUUCAAUUAUAAUAAUAAAUUUUACAAAUUUUGCGUAAAAGUCGAAUAUUUUACAAAGUGAGAUUGACGCAAAUAACGAUUGCAGUGCAAUCAUGACGUCUCGUAAGCGAAGCGGAAGUGGUUCUUCUAAACGACCAAAGGAGAAAGUUGUUUACAUCUAUGAAUUAUUCUUCAGGGGUGAAGAUCCUACAUCGGAAAGCCCCGAGUUCUGGAACGAAUUCUUUCUGCUUCAGCCUAAUGUAGAAUCAUUAGAAGCUGAAAUAACGAAACUUUCAUGCGAACAGUUUAUGCUAGUUAAUAAAAAUGUGAAUUUACUAUUUCAGAAAAGCAUUGAAAUGCUAGAAACAGAUCAUCCGAAACGUUUGUUCAAUAGCCUUCAAACUUUGGGUGCAUUAUUUUAUGCCAUAUUUAAAAAGUCUAUUGCAGACUCCUCUUUCAAUUUCUUAAAUGAAAUAUUUGGCUACGAGCAAAUGGAUAAAAGUAUGCGGCAGCUAAUGAACAACUGUAAUCAAGUACUACUGGGUGAAGUAGCUGAAAGUGCCCGAUUCAUGUGCCUGAAGCUUUUGUUAUUGAUUGUGACUGGUACAGAUAAUGUUAGUCAAAACGUACUGUUAGAGUAUUUAACGACGCAUUCACUUUUUAAUGAUUUCGUUCGUUUAUUGAGCGAUCCGUCAUUGCGUUGUCAGCAUGGUCACGAUGUCGUUAUUUUGCUGACAAUUUUGGUUAAUUAUAGGAAACAUGAAACAACUAAUCCUUACGUGGUCCAGCUAUCAAUUCUGGCAGACGAAAUGGCUCUGAAUGGCUAUGGGCAAAUGAUAUCCCAAUCACUGAUUGAUUUUUGUCGUCAGUAUAUGCAAAGCCUAUCAAAUGUCCAGUCCUCUUCUUGGUUUUCGUCCUUGUCAAAUAUUGUUGGUAAUAUGUUUGUCUCAGACGAAGGCUGUGAACGUGUGCAACAAAUCAAAGCUAAUAAUGGGCUUUUGCUAGCUCUUUAUGAAGCUGUUCACCUUAAUCGCAACUUUAUUACAACUCUAGCUCACACUCAAGCCGAAUCGAGUGCACCUCCAUCACCUAGUAACACUUUAAAUCUAACACAACCAGUACCAGAUUUGACAACUGCUCCUAUAAUAGAUAUGACUCAAUAUCCGACCAAUUUGUUGGUGGCAGUUUUUCAAUAUUGUUCCAUAGUAAUGCAAGAUAAUAAAAAUGAAUCCAGUGUUGCUAAUCUAAAGCUCUGCUUUCUUAUAUUGACGUGCAUAUCUGAGGAUCAAUAUGCAAACUCGAUGAUGCAUGACAGUAAUUUAACAUUUAAAGUAAUGCUGCAUCGCGCUCAAAUGCGUCAUCGCAAGCUACACGUUGAUCGUGUGGGUAAAUCUCAACCACUGGCGGCCACUCUACUAGAUUUACUUGUUGAGUUCAUCGUUUCACACUUGAUGAAGAAAUUUCCCAUGGAAUUAUAUCUACUUUGCGUUGGAGUCAUUCAUCGUGUACUAUGCUAUCAAAAGCGUUGCAGGGUCCGAUUAAAUUACCCCUGGAAAGAGUUAUGGUCGGCGUUAAUCGGUCUUCUCCGCUUUCUUGUAAACCAGGAGCAAACUCUAGUGAAAAAGUGUAACAUAUUUUACCUUUCGCUACAGGUGGUAAAUAUUUUCAAUUUAUUUAUUACCUACGGAGAUACCUUCUUGGCAACCACAAAUAGCUAUGAUGAAUUGUAUUAUGAAUUAAACAGAGAAGAAAAAGUAUUUUCCGAAAUACAUGCUAUGGUGCUACGUUAUACAACUAUGACAGAUUGUGAAUAUAAGGAAGAUGUCAUCAAACUGUUGAAUGCGCUCGUCAACAUUUUGGCUAUUGUAAAACAUUUUCAAAAUAAAAUAAAGGAAUGGUUGGCAGAGCAAGGUUUAUCCACACCAACAGAGGAUCAGAUAUUAGAUGUAGUCCGAAAGAAUUAUGAUCUCACACUGAAACUCCAAGAUUCGCUUGACCAUUAUGAACGGUAUGCUGAAGCACCUCGACAUAGCGCCUUUUUUAAAUCGAUGGUUAGAGAUGUGGUCAUCGAUACCCGCAAACAUAUAUACGAUUAUGUAAAGGAAGCUGUUUCUAUUAUACCAGAUCAAGAUGUUACAUUAAACACAGCCGUAAUAACUAUCCAAAACUCCUAAAUGAAGCAGUAUAUUUUUUUUAUAGCUGACAUAGUCAACAAAUGACAUAACGCAACGAUUUUGUAUAUUCCAUUAUAUUCUAAAUAAAAUAUGACAUUACUUCCCUAA